GGUGUGGUGGGACCAAAAGGAGAGCCAGGUCCUCAAGGACCUCCAGGACCUGCAGGACCUAGAGGAUUCCGAGGACCUCAGGGAGAAAUGGGCCUGCCUGGUUUUGUGGGCAGGAACGGAGCACAAGGUAAAAAAGGUGAGCCAGGUGUUGGCAUCAAAGGUGAACCAGGUGUCAGCAUCAAGGGAGAAAAGGGCAGCCCAGGAGACAGAGGACUGCGAGGUUUUGUGGGCCCAGCUGGACCACCAGGGCCACCGGGGACAGUUGCUGACGGCCUCACUGUUCCCAGCUAUCUGCCUGGACCAAAAGGUGAUAAGGGUGACCGCGGCAAGGACGGCAUGCCUGGACUACAGGGUCUAGAGGGCCAAACUGGGCCACCUGGCCCACCAGGAUUACCUGGCCGACCAGGGCCACCAGGUCCAGCAAGCUCAUCCAGGCUGGACGAUGACCUUCUUAUGGGCCCUGAAGGUCCACCAGGGCCCCAAGGUCCACCUGGUCCUAAAGGAGAUCGUGGUGAAACAGUAGUAGGACCACGAGGUCCACAAGGUUUUCAGGGCCCACCAGGUCCACCAGGCAUUGGUCUGCCGGGCCCACCAGGACCACCAGGGGACGUCAUCAUUGGCAACAGUGGUAGCUCAGACCGUGUUAUUGCUGGGCCCCCAGGCCCACCUGGGCCCCCCGGUCCUCCAGGUUAUUCAUUUGGAUAUGACAGUAACCAGAGCCAAAUACCCAUUGGUCAAACAGUGGGUGCUGGUGGCGUCAAGGGCGCUGUUGUGUACCUUAACACCCAGGCCUUGAUGCAGGUAUCUUACAACCUGCCUCAAGGCACGCUGGCAUUCCUUACGGAAGAAGAGGUCCUCUACCUGAGGGUCAAGGGUGGUUGGAAGGAAAUUCAGCAGGGUCGCACAAUUCCAAUCAGAGUACCGCCAACAACUAGCAAUAUACCAGAGGACAACACAUCCAGAAGGGGAGAGAGUUCCUUGCCUUCCCAAAGCAAGACUGGGACCAUAUAUGACACUGAUGCUGCAGAACUGGCCAGGUACAAGCAGGAACUUGAGGAGAGGAAGAGAAGAAGGGAGAGGGAAAGAAUACGGAGACUAAACGAAAGUAGAGAUAACGGAGACGAACGGCGGAAUCAGUUUAGGAUAGAGGAGGAGAGGAAGAGAGAGAGAGAGAGGGUACAGGCUGAACAGGAGAGACAGAGAGUGGAGAGAGAUCGCUUGUUAAAAGAGGAAGCUGAGAGGAACAGAGUCUCAGAGGAGAGGAGAAAAUUGGAGGCUGAGAGGCAGAGAAGGCUGGACGAGAGGAAGAGACUGGAGGAGGAAAGAGAGAGACAGAGGCAAGAGUUAGAAAGGACAGAGAGAGAGAGGAGGCUCCUAGAGAGGGAGAGGCUAGAGCGUGAGAGGAGAUUGCAAGGGAGACAGGUGCCAGAGAAUCAGAGAUGGAGGUCGUCCACUAACCAGAACAUUUACAACAGACGAGACCAGCAGACGCCGUGGCUUAGUGUGCAAGAUAAAUUCCGCCUGCCAAACCAAGCCGUGUCUGUGACCCAUGUCCGAGUGGUCGGCAAUGACCAGCAGGACGAACAGGUCCAAGACAAUAAGCCACGGACUACACCGCUACCUUCAAUAAAUGUUCCCAUUGCUGCAUCACUUGUUCAAGGUCCCAUGCUCCACCUGAUAGCACUGGAUAGGUCCAUGUCAGGUCACAUGAGAGGUUUAAGUGGUGUAGACCGCGAGUGUCACAAAGAGGCCCUGCAGCAUAAGCUCAGCGGAUCAUACAGGGCAUUCAUCUCAACCACAGACCAACAUCUCAGGUCUAUCAUUCAUUACCAAAGGGACAGGCAACUUCCUAUAGUUAAUCUCAAGAAUCAGAUUUUGUUUAAUUCCUGGGAAGCUUUAACUGACGGCAAUGGCGCAGUCUUCAACAGCGAGACGCCAAUUUACUCCUUUAGUGGCCGGGAUGUCAUGCUGGAUAGUACAUGGCCACAAAAGAUCAUCUGGCACGGCUCAAAUGAGAGAGGAGAACUUUUAACAGAUAAAAUCUGCAACAAAUGGCACACAAGAUCCAACUCAACAGUAGCCGCAGCCAGCUCGCUAAUGAAGCACAAGCUGCUGAACCAAGAGGAAUACACCUGUAAUAAUGCGUUUAUUGUUUUAUGUAUAGAAAUCUCAUCCAGGCGAGACUGAAGUGUUGGGGGGUGGGGUUGAAUCUGGUCAUGUGAGGUGUGUCUGGUCUAUCUGUGUGAGCCGUUGGGUGGGGUUAGACUGCUCACUCUCUGCUUGGUGUCUCUGCUGUGUACAUGACAUAAUCUCCCUUUGUACACUUUGAUGUACACAUGAGAGACUGACAGCCAUAAAAUAUCUUGUGUAAAAUAGCUUUUGAAGAAGUUCACUGUGUGGUGUACAGCUGAUAUGGACUUGUUUGUUUUUUUAGAACAAAAGUGUCAAAUAUGAAAUGAAGGAUUUCAAAUCCCUAGCACUAAAUGAAGAUACAACUCUGUCUUUGCCAGUAUUAUGUUUUAGUCUACAGAGUGGGUACAAAAUGUUGAGUUAAAUAAAGGGAAGUACAAAGUUAGAUGUUUCUCUUUAAGUACGUCAAUUAUUGAGGCGUACUUAGAAAAAUGUUUUAUUUUUUUAUUGCAUAAAAAUUGGAACAAAAUGUACAUCUAAUUAUAAAAAAAAGUAAUAAAAUUAAAUGUAAUAAUGUGACUAAUUACCAAAGAUAAUUAAAAAAGAUAAAGUAAUGUAUCAAAGAUAAGAAAACUGAAUGGGUUAGUUUGUUUGUGAAAUGAUUUUAACUGUUAUCAUGUAUUUUAACGAGGUGAGAAAAAAGAGCGGUUAUAGUCUUGCGCUCUGGUCUAUUUAUUUUCAUGUGAUUAGUUGAGCUUUUUUUUGUUUUGAAAAUGGUUUUUAUGUGUGCUGUUUCAAAACUCCUGUUUCAUCUGUGUGCUAAGUGUGUGUACAUUCAGUCACAUCUUUUCAUGUACUAAACUGUUUGUGUGUACAUAGUCCUCCAGUGUACAAGCUCAAUGUGUACAAUCUAAAGUAGAGGUUGGAGCGAGGGCUCUUUAAUUACAUGUAAAUACAUCUCUCUCUGAUCACUGGAAGGUGGGGGACUGCCUGAAUGGGUUCUUUUAGCUGCUGGCUUUGGGCUAAAGCUGCCCCUAAAACUGAGCUUAAACUGUAUCCAGCUGUGAGCUAAAGCAGCCCAU